GUAUUUACAUGAAUAUAACAGACUCUUUUCCUGGGAGCAUUUUAUCCUUGCGGGUAGUGAACUCUGUGGCGGAAGUGCUGCCUGUGCGUGUCGUGGUUAACCUGUCUGUGUGAAUCCGGUAACAACAAUCGAUGGACUUCAGCUGCUCGCCGCUAACUCUGAGCUUUAUUUAACAGCAGUGUCGAAUCAUCGGCGGUUCUGAUGUUUAGGCUCCUCUUCUCUGCUUCCCUGCGUUGAGUCCAAUAUGGCGGGUGUUUUUUUUAAGAGAUCGCGCUCUCAAUAGCGUGGAGCCUUAAGGCUUUGAUCAACGUGAGCAUCAUGGUAAAAGACUGACUACAGCUUGGACUGAUAGCACUCGGCCACGAAUCAUAAUUUUUCAAUAACCGGUCAGGAGGCGGACAGCGUGGCGACGGCGUUGUGGUGCUGGGGCAGCAGACUGAUGGAGGGUGACUGUCGGAUCCCCGUCGCCUGCUGCCGCCCACGCGUCCUUGUACUGCAUGCCCUGUUCUGGGGUCUUGUGUCACUCAGGGUGUUCGGAGCAGCUCUGCUGAGUGAGGAGAAAUCUAUAGGAACAGUUACAGUUAAGCCUGAGGCCGCCCCCUGCUGGCUGUUGGAGGAGUUUGUGGUGACGGAGGCGUGCGUGCGCUGCAGCGACUUCAAUACUAAGUCACAGUUGGCCUGCAGACUGACAGGCUAUGUAGAGCGAGUGAACUGCAGCCAGUCCAGCAGAGAGGAGUACAAAAGCUGCCGCUCUGUUCUCAUGGAAGAACAUCUGUUCUGGAAGUUUGAGGCGGCCAUGUUGGCUCUGACAACCCUCUUCGCCGUCCUCGUUGUCAUCCGCCAGCGACGACUUGACCGCCUUGCCUCUGAGAAGGUCCGUCGCCAGAUUGAGUCCAUCUAGGAUACCUGGACCAGAACUAGGACUGUAGUGGUGUCUUAACAGUAGAGGGCAAAUGGAACUGCAGAGACUGUUUUCACACUUAACUUUAAAUUUGAAACAAAUAUAGGAAACAGAAAGUCUUGGCACAGAAACAAGGAUGACUGACAUGCCCUGCCCUAAGAAAUAUGAUAAACAGGAACCAGUCAAGUCAAGGGGUGGAGUCAUGUCCAUGACAUCAUUAGAAUUAAUGACAUUAGAGAAGAUGGAUGGCGGUUAUUGUUUCUGCUUCCUGUUUCCAAUGCCAUGGUAACCAGCAGCUCUCGCCUUUUUUUUUUUUUUUUUUUUUUGGGUUGUUUUUCCUUUUUUCUGGUUGUUUGGUUCUUUGCUAAAACUUUUGGAUCAAUAAAGUUAGAGGAUGGGAAUUGAUAAGAAUUUUGCUAUUCUGAUUCCAAUAUUAAUAUCACUUAUCAAUUCGUUCCCUUAUCGAUUCCUUUAUCCAUUCUCUUUGGCUCCACUUUGUGAGUCACCACCAUCUCUAAGCAGCAUAUCAAAGACACUGCAGUCACCCAAAAUUAUUACAUGCUCAGAUGUCAAAUGUGUGUGCAUGUUGGAGGUGUUUCCUCUCAUUGUUUUGAUCAGUGUUAGGGUCAAUACCCAGAGUCAUUCUUGCUCAUAUUACACAGAACCCUUUUAUUUUAAAAGUAAUGCAGUACGUUACUUAAUUACACCCAGGAGAACGACAUUUGUUAUACUACUCGUUACGUUACUGUCAUGUUAGUCUGUAAAAUAAUCUGCAACACACUGUAUCAUAAUUAGCAAUACAAACCUGAGGCUACAGCCCGACACACUAACACAAAUCCCUAUCCCAAUGAGGACAGCACAAAGCAAAGGUAAAAACCAGAACAAAGAGACAAAGUGAUUCUACUUUAGAAACAUGAACAGGUAAAAACGGAGGCUGCAAGUUGUGUGGGCUGGGGUCAGCAUUUACUCAGCUUUAACAUCACUCGGGGUUCUUGUUAGCUUAGUGUUAGCAUGCUGCCGAAGUUUUGUUAACAGUAUAAUGCAGUUGUUUCUGUCCUCCACUUUACCAUCACACUCUCAUCCUUUGAGAACUGGUUCUCGAUUCACAUCCCUAAAUAAAGUUAUUCAGUACUUAUGAGAUUUAAUGCAGCAGAGUUCUGGUCCUUUCUUUGAAGCUUCACAUCCUGUGUAGCUGGAUGGGCAGGGCCUUUGACAUGAAUGUGGAGUUGAUAGUUGAUCAAUAGAUAUUUAAAGUGGAAAUAUGAAAUUUGCUAAUCUAAAUAAAACAUUUUCCGUU